AUGAGACUUACACUGGCUUCCACGGGCGUUGCUGCCCUCUCUCUGAUGGCUCCCAUCGCCCACGCCGCCAGUGCCGACGACUACGUCUCCUACACAAUCAAGGGCAUCGAGUCGAUGAACUCGGCAUGGUAUGAUGUCCCCACUGGUGUUUGGAACGCAGCCUGGUGGAAUAGUGCCAACACUCUCACAACCUAUGCCGACUUUGCUUCCCUCCGACUGGAUGAAGCAAACAAGUUGAACAUUGGCGGUUACAUGCGCAACACUUUCACAAACGCCCAGAAGACGUCUGUGAAGACCAGCAAGGUAUACCAGGCCAAUGGUUUGGUCAAGUCCACUGACAAGUUGGGCGGCGUGAGCGCGCGAGGCUUCGCCAACUUCCUCAACGAGUACUAUGACGACGAGGGCUGGUGGGCUCUCGCCUUGAUCCGCAGCUAUGAUGUGACCCGCGAGCAGGAGUAUCUCGACUCCGCCGUCCGCAUCUUCGAGGAUAUGCAGACCGGGCAAGGCACGCCCUGCAACGGCGGCAUCUACUGGAAGAAGGACCGCAAGUACGUCAGCGCCAUCUCCAACGAGCUCUACCUCUCCGUGGCCGCGUCCCUCGCGAACCGCAUCCCCAGCAACCCCCAGUACCUGGAGAUCGCCAACAAGCAGUGGACGUGGUUCAAGAACAGCGGCCUCAUCAACAAGAACAACCUCAUCAACGACGGCCUCAACGACGAGUGCAAGAACAACGGCCAGCCCACCUGGUCCUACAACCAGGGCGUCAUCCUCGGGGGACUCGUCGAGCUCAACAAGGCCACUGGAGACGCCGCGCUCCUCGACACCGCCACCAGCAUCGCCAAGGCCGCCAUCAAGGCCAUGUCCAGCGACAAGGGCGUCCUGGUCGAGACCACGGGCUGCGAGAAGGACAGCGCGCUGUGCGGCGUCGACGGCAAGCAGUUCAAGGGCAUCUUCCUGAGGAACCUGCGGUACCUCCACCAGGCCCGGGCCGACGACGAGUUCAGGAGCUUCAUCGUCCGCAACGCAGACAGCAUCUGGGGCAACAACCGCAACGGCGACAACAAGUUCGGCGUCGCCUGGACGGGGCCCUACACGGAGGCCACGGGUCCCAGCCAGAGCUCUGCGCUCGAUGCGCUCGUCGCUGCCGUUGCUGUCGCUUAG